AUGUCGAGAUUCGAGCCUCUCAAGAACGAUUUGCUUCUUCGUACUGCUCGUGGCGAGAAAGUCGAGCGCCCUCCGAUAUGGGUGAUGCGACAGGCUGGACGAUACCUCCCCGAAUAUCACGAAGAAAAAGGCAAGCAUGACUUCUUCGAAUGCUGUCGUAGCGCCGAAAUCGCCUCAAAUCUCACCUUGCAGCCCAUCGACCGCUUUGACGGGCUCAUCGACGCUGCGAUCAUCUUCUCCGACAUUCUUGUCAUUCCCCAGGCAAUGGGUAUGGAGGUUGUGAUGUUGGAUGGGAAAGGACCACAUUUUCCUGACCCGCUCGGUUCACCAGAGGACAAGCAAUUUGAAGAGGUGAUGGAGAGAGAAGUCGAUGUGAAAGAGAGCUUGAAAUACGUCUACGAGGCGAUCACAAUGACAAGGAAGAAGCUCAAGGGUCGAGUACCUUUAUUCGGAUUCUGCGGCGCGCCGUUCACGCUGCUCUGUUAUAUGGUCGAAGGAGGUGGGACGAAAGUGUUCAAGCAGACCAAGACGUGGAUAUACAGAUACUCUGAUGCUUCCAAGCAGCUGUUGCAGAAGAUUGCAGAGUUGUGCGUGGAGUACUUGGCGCAGCAAGUCAUUGCUGGAGCACAAAUCGUGCAGGUGUUCGACUCGUGGGCGGGUGAACUGAGUCCAAGCACGUUCAAAGAGUUCUCUCUUCCAUACUUGACGUACAUCUGCGACCAUCUACCGAAGAGACUGCAGGAGCUCGGAGAGGAAGUCGUACCAAUGGUCGUCUUUGCCAAGGGAGCUUGGUAUGCUUUGGAAGAUCUUUGCAAGACAAACUACAACAUCGUUGGGCUCGAUUGGCUACAUGCACCGAAGGAAGCGUAUGCCAUUGCGCAGAAGCAUGGCAAAGUCGUGCAAGGCAAUGCAGAUCCUGGUGUGCUCUUCGGAGGCCACGAGGCCAUCACGAAGGUUGUCGAAGAGAUGGUUGAAGGCUUUGGUGGAGGCAAGCAAGGUUGGAUUGCAAACUUGGGCCACGGUAUCACUCCAUGGGUCAAGCCAGAAGACCUCAAGUUCUAUUUCCAGGAGAUCCAUCGCAUCUCAGGUAGCUGA